AUGACGGUUUCUUACAACUCGGAUGUCUCAUCGGUGUCUUCCACCAAUUUUCUGAGACUUCUGUUGAGAUGGAAAGGUUCUAUCUGGAAGAGUGUCUCAUCAGAACUAUUGAUAUGGUGUUCCUUCUAUCUUGCCAUCGCUGUAGUCUACCACUACUUCUUAUUCCCAAACGGAUACUAUGACGCUUUCAACGAUGUUGCCUACUACUGUGGAAAGGAACUUCACAAUUACAUCCCUCUCACUUUCAUGCUCGCCUUCUUCGUUUCAAUCAUCGUCGAGAGAUGGAGAACUGUUUUCGUUAAUAUGGGAUGGAUUGAAAGUGUUGCUCUCACACUAAACACCGUUAUUAUCUCGAGAUGCGAGGAGGCCAGACUCAUUCGAAGAAAUAUCGUCCGGUAUUUGGUACUGGCUCAGAUUCUUACUUUCCGUGACAUUUCGAUCCGAGUUCGUAGAAGAUUCCCCAACAUUGAUACCAUCAAGAAAGCAGGAUUCAUGACUGUCGCUGAAGAAAAAAUGCUGGAAGAUCUGGAACUGUCUUAUAACAAAUAUUGGGUACCGGUUAACUGGUGUGUCACGUUGACAAAUCAAGCGAGUGCAAAGGGUUACACGAGUAGUCCUCCAGGAUUGGUUCACUUGAUUCAGGAGAUCAAAAACUUCCGAAAUGGUUUGGCUACUUUGUGCAACUAUGACUGGUGCCCAAUCCCUAUUGCCUAUCCACAGGUUGUCUUCUUCGCCGUCCGAGUUUACUUUAUCUUCUGCCUGAUUUCCAGACAAUACAUCAGAGUGCCCAACAAGGACUUUGAAUCUGUACAACUGUUUAUUCGCCCGUUUAUCACAAUAAUAGAAUUCAUCUGUAUUGUUGGAUGGAUGAAAGUCGCCGAAGCACUUCUGAAUCCACUGGGGGAGGAUGACGACGACUUUGAAAGCAACUUUCUGAUUGACAAGAACAUUUUUACUGGUAUGAAAAUCGUCGAUUGCUUUGAUGAAGUGCCACCACUCGUUGAGGACACCUUCUCAGAUCCCGGAGCUGUGCCAAUUUAUUCUGAAGAUAGUCAAAGAAAUUAUCAAAAUGGUGCUCUAGUUGGAUCGGUUUCCAAUGUGACAUUGGCUCAAUUCGACGAAAACAUCACCAUGGUUCCAGUCGCCCCACGUCUUUCAGUCGGAGAUAUUCAUAGUCAUGAUCGUCCAUCGAUCAGACGUCGCUACAGAUCUGGGAAUGCUUCCCAAACAGUCUCCAGAGCCAGCAGCUUCCGUGAGCCACGAUUGCAACGUCAGAGUUCUGAAGGCGAGCGCAACGAUGCAUAUGAGAUGGAUCACGAACCUUAUUUGGAAGAGCCAUCUUCUCCAACGAAACACGCGAAAUUCUUCACCAAUCUUACAAAAGUCGACGAGAACGAUGAUGAGGAUCUCCCUGCCACUGCCAAGACGUCUGUCGUGUCAAGAGUCUAA